AUGUGUGUGGUGUAUUGGACAACGGACGAUCCUGAGUAUAGCCUCAUCCUUGCGAGCAAUCGUGACGAGUUUCUUGCGCGUCCUGCGUCGCCAGCGCAAUGGCGCACCGUUCACGGCCGCAGCGGAAACGACUUGACCAUGCUGGGUGGCCUUGACUCGCUUGCGGGCGGGACGUGGCUGGGCGUCACACGCACUGGCGCCUUUGCGGUGCUCACGAAUGUGACAGAACAUCCACGACCCGAGAUGGACGAGCAGGGGCGUCCGCUAUGCUCGCGUGGCGAGCUAGUCAUGGCAUGGAUGGAGGCUCAUCAAGGCCCUCGGCCCAGGGACGGUGCCGACGUUCUGCAGGACCUGUUCCGCGUACGACAGCGGUACGCGGGCUUCAACUUGCUCGCAGGGUGUGUGCAGGGUACCGAGGUGCGCAUGGGCUAUGUGACGAACCGAGUCGAGGCGACAGAGCCGGACAUCCUCGCAGUCUCGGGCUCGGGGGAGGUAUACGGCCUGAGCAAUAGCACACUGCACACCCCAUGGCCCAAGAUCGCCUAUGGUAAAUCGGCACUUCAGCAUGUGUUAUCUGAGCCCCGCACAACGCCGGACGAGCUGAUUGAGCGGCUCUUUGGUGUGAUGAGGUACGUCGACCGCCCCCACUAA